AUGGUGUCUGCCUCCAAGGAGAAGCGCCUCGCCAAGAAGGCCGCUGACGGCAAGAAGACGACCGUCUCGCGAUCCAAGGCUGGCUCCAAGAACGCAAGCACAGCCGCCUCUGUCAACGGCGAUGAGACUCCCCCUCAGCAGCUCGAUGCCAACGGCAACCCGAUCGAGAGCGACGAGCCCGCCACCGGGGCUGAUAAGAAGGAUGUUGUGGAGCGCCUAGCCGCCCAGAUGGACAAGCAUGGUCUGUCUGACCGUGUCACUACCGGUGUCCUGGCAUCCACCCCCACAAGCAAGGACGUCAAGAUCUCCAGUGUCAGCUUGGUGUUCCACGGUCGUGUCCUGAUCACCGAUGCAACACUCGAGCUGACCUACGGUCGUCGAUACGGCCUUUUGGGAGAGAACGGCUGCGGAAAGAGUACACUGAUGAAGGCCAUCGACAAGCGAGAAUACCCCAUCCCAGAGCACGUUGAUAUCUACCUACUCAAUGAGGGUGCUCCCCCAACAGAUCUGGGUGCUCUGGAGUGGGUUGUCAAAGAGGCCGAGAAUGAGUUGGAGAGGCUAGAUAAGCUAGCUGAGAAGCUGCUGGAAGAGGAGGGCCCCGAGAGCCCGGUGCUGAUGGAUAUCUACGACCAUAUGGAGCAGAUGGACCCUUCAACCUUCGCCACCCGAGCCUCUCUCAUCCUCACAGGUCUUGGUUUCAACAAGGUUACAAUCAACAAGAAGACCAAGGACAUGUCUGGUGGCUGGAGAAUGCGAGUAGCCCUCGCCAAGGCUCUCUUCGUCAAGCCCUCGCUCCUGCUACUUGACGACCCUACUGCCCAUUUGGAUCUCGAAGCCUGUGUGUGGCUCGAGGAGUAUCUGAAGAAGUGGGAGCGUACCCUGGUUCUUGUUUCUCACUCGCAGGAUUUCUUGAACGGAGUCUGCACGAACAUGAUCGAUAUGCGCAUGAAGCAGCUUAUCUACUACGGUGGUAACUACGAUUCUUAUAUCAAGACUCGAUCAGAACAGGAGACGAACCAGAUGAAGGCAUACCAGAAGCAACAAGACGAAAUUGUACACAUCAAGAAGUUCAUUGCUAGCGCUGGUACUUACGCCAACCUGGUCAGGCAGGCCAAGUCUCGACAAAAGAUUCUGGACAAGAUGGAGGCAGACGGUUUCAUCCAACCUGUCCACCAAGACAGGGUUUUCAGUUUCCGCUUUGCCGAUGUCGAUAAGUUGCCUCCUCCGGUCCUUUCCUUCGACGAUGUCACCUUCUCUUAUUCCGGAGACGCCAAAGAUGACCUGUAUCGCCACAUCGAUCUCGGUUUCGACAUGGACUCCCGAACGGCUCUGGUGGGCCCCAACGGUGUUGGCAAGUCUACUCUCCUACGCCUUAUGACCGGCAAGCUCUCUCCCACUGCUGGUGUUGUCACAAGACACACUCAUUUGAAGCUCGGCCUCUACUCGCAGCACUCGGCUGAGCAGCUGGAUCUGACGAAAUCUGCCCUGGAUUUCGUUCGUGACAAGUACAGUGACAGAUCUCAGGAUUACCAGUACUGGAGACAGCAGCUCGGAAAGUAUGGUCUCUCUGGAGAGUCUCAGACUGCCCUGAUCGGCACUCUGUCCGAGGGUCAGAAGAGCCGUAUCGUCUUCGCUCUGCUGGCCAUUGAAGGACCCAACAUGCUGUUGCUUGACGAGCCCACCAAUGGCCUGGACAUUCCGACCAUCGACAGUUUGGCUGAUGCUAUCAACGCCUUUAGCGGUGGUGUCAUUGUUGUCAGUCACGACUUCAGACUGUUGGACAAGAUUGCUAAGCAGAUCUUGGUGUGCGAGAACAAGACUAUCAGACCCUGGGAUGGCUCGAUAGGAGAGUACAAGAACUACCUGAGGAAGAAGAUGAUCUCUGCAGGUGCCGUCUGA